GAGAAACAAACCGUCUUUGUCCGUCUUUAUAGAGAGAAAUAGAUUCUCUUCUCUCCCUUUGCGUAUCUUCUUCUUCUUCUUUCUUCAUCCGCCUGAACCUGCGGAUUUUUUUUCGAUUUCUUCAAAUUCAAUGUCUUAUGCUUAUCUCUUCAAGUAUAUCAUCAUCGGCGAUACUGGAGUAGGGAAAUCAUGCCUUUUGCUUCAGUUCACCGACAAGAGGUUUCAACCGGUGCAUGACCUUACCAUUGGUGUUGAAUUUGGGGCUAGGAUGAUCACCAUCGACAACAAACCCAUCAAGCUUCAGAUCUGGGAUACGGCUGGUCAAGAGUCCUUUAGGUCUAUUACAAGGUCAUACUAUAGAGGGGCUGCUGGGGCUUUGCUUGUCUAUGAUAUCACAAGGAGGGAGACAUUUAACCAUCUAGCUAGCUGGCUAGAAGAUGCAAGGCAGCAUGCAAAUGCAAAUAUGACGAUCAUGCUUAUUGGGAAUAAGUGUGAUCUUGCUCACAGAAGGGCAGUGAGCACAGAGGAAGGAGAGCAGUUUGCAAAGGAGCACGGUCUUAUAUUCAUGGAGGCCUCUGCCAAGACUGCUCAGAAUGUUGAGGAGGCAUUCAUUAAGACAGCCGCAACAAUAUACAAGAAGAUUCAAGAUGGUGUGUUUGAUGUGUCAAAUGAGUCAUAUGGAAUCAAAGUCGGAUAUGGAGGAAUUCCAGGACCAUCAGGUGGAAGAGAUGGUUCCACUUCGCAAGGAGGAGGGUGCUGCGGUUGAGAUGGGGAAAGGUGUCUAUAUCAUCAUGUAAAAAUGAUCACAUAUGAUAUAGCAAAAAUGUCUCUGCUCUUCUUUCAAUAGUUUGUAAAUCGUUUUGGAGUUCGAUUUGUUGACUGUGUCGUGUUGGGUUUUGGAACGGUUUGACAAUGCACGUGUAUUUCUAUUCAUAUAUCUAAAAUUAAGAUGUGUUUUGCGUAUA